AUGGCGAAGGGUUUCAUCAAGGCCGACCAAACCCAAGGUCGCAGACGAAGAAUUGCUGGAGAUCUUGUUAGAUCUAAAUCUAUGCAGACUUAUGCACAGUAUAAGCCUAGUUGGCCGAGCCCUUGGCUACAACGGGAGGUGUUUGUGCUCAACUUAGAAGACGGAUUUUUUGGUUGUCAAGUUAAUGAGUCACUAGAUAUUCUACAGCUUUUCGAGCUUUCAAAGCUUUGUGAUGGCGUACCACAGUGCUUUCUUGGUUCUGACGAAGUUGCCAAUGAACUUAAAUGCGUGGACAGAAAUCACUGCAACCCGAAGAUAACUCGCUGCAUCAACGGGGUAUGUCUGGAUGAUCUCUGUUACUGCAACGAUGGUUUCGGCGGGAAAGGAUGUGAAAUGCCAGACGAGAACGAGUGCAAGUAUCGACCUUGUGACGUGUUCGCCCACUGCACCAACACCAUGGGCAGCUUCUACUGUUCCUGUUUUCCCGGUUAUGAAGGAGACGGAUUUGAGUGUCAUGAUAUUAAUGAAUGCGAAAUUCCUUCGCUGGCGGCCAUUUGUGUUGAGAAUGCAGAGUGUUGCAAUUUGCCUGGACACUACGUCUGCAAAUGUGCUCCGGGAUAUACUGGAAAUGCUACCGUCUCUUGCACAGAUAUUGAUGAAUGCCUGGAUCCUGAUGCAUGUGGGCAGGGAGCUCAAUGCCAAAACAUCCCUGGAAGCUACAAGUGUUUCUGUCCUUUGGGUUAUGACGGAGAUCCUUUCAGAGAAUGUUAUGACUUGGAUGAAUGUCGGCGUAAUCCUUGCGGCUCUGGUUCACAAUGUACUAACACCAAAGGUGGAUACACAUGCAGCUGUCCUCGAGGAUUCCAAGGCAACCCAACACCAGAAGCUGGUUGCGUAGACAUUGACGAGUGCUGGGGGCCCAAGCCACCAUGCGGAAAAGGAGCUCAAUGUGUCAACACCAAUGGAGGAUAUUACUGUCAGUGUCCUGAAGGAUAUACUGGAAACCCAACCGUUGGAUGUUCUGGUAAGAACAGCUAA